AUUAACAAAUGAAGACAUACUCAGUUGGGAGAAUAGAGCCUCUCGUUACCAAAUGACUCCUCAAAGUUUCUCAUUUUUUUUACAUGUUGCUAUGUACUCUGCUUCUCAUGGUUUUAACGCAGUAUAUGAUGGAAUACAACAGAGAUAUGCUAAAAGAAAGCAAAUAAUGAAUGUUGUGAGAAAACAUGAGGAUAAGUCUAAAAAAAGAAAGGCUAAAAAGAAUAAAAAGAAAAAACACCAAACUGUUGAUUCUGAUUCUGAUCCAUUAACAAAUGAUGAAUCAGAUGAUUAUAUGCGAAAUACUGUUGAUGAUGAUGAUCAAAUAGGUGAUGAUCAAGAUGUUAAUAUAAAUCGGUCGAUUGAGGAUGCAUCUGGAUCUCAAUCACAUGUUGAUCAACCUUUUGAUAUGGACGUCACACCAGUAGAACCAGUAUCUAAUCUGGAUGUUACAAUGCCUCAGCCGCAGCUAUUACAACAACCAGAUAAUAAUUUAUCUAAUUUAACAAAAUCUUCGAAUAAAAAAAAGAAGUCAAAUAAAAAUAUAAUUCAGCAAGUUAUUACAGGUCAUAAACCAGGUGAUGAUGGUACAUCACAAGUCAGAGACAUUUUGGUUUAUGAUAUCCCAGUAUCCUGGACGCCAGAAGAAAUUCUGCAAAAGUUAACAUUUUGGGGGAAUACUAUCUCAUUACAAAUGAAACAACAAAAGAAAUACCAAACAGUUCAUUUGAAGAUAGAAUUAAAUUCUUUGCGUCUUACCCAGUUCGAAGGUAAUGAUGAUCCUGUUUGGACUACAGAUUUAGGGGGGAUACCGGUUCGAUGGUUUCCAGCAAGGUGGACACUCAAAGAAAGAAAACAACGUGAGAAGUUCCAAGCUACAAUUCGAAAAAUUCCAGAAUCGAUGAUGAUAGCAGCCUUAUGGAAAGACCAUUGCCCACAUUCAUUCCUUUCUGCGAUUAAGGGUUUGAAAAGCUUUAAAAUUAUACAGACUGCAAGGGGG